CACUCAAAACUGCUGACUUCUUGUUACCCCCUUGCAUUCUCCCCGUGCAGCUCCUUACACUGACUUUCCAUUCCUGGUGUUUGUGUUGGGUCUGACUUUGGGAUGAAGUUAAUCAUCAGCACACUGAUCUGGUGCUUGUCUCUGACUGUGGGGAAAGGUGCCGAAGAGGCAGCACAGGAGAACAGUGUGCAUCCGACAGCACUUCCAGAGGAAAGCUCUUUCUAUGACUGGGGGCUUGGGACUGUCCGAGACAGCUUCGAAGCAGUUAACGCAUAUUUUGACUUCGUCUCGGAGCUGCUAGGAGGGAAGAACGGAGUCUGUCAAUACCGAUGUAGAUACGGGAAAGCACCAAUGCCUAGACCGAAUUACAAGUCUCCAGAACCGAACGGCUGCAGUGCCUAUUUCCUGGGUCUCAAGGUACCCGAAAGUCUGGAUAUGGGUAUCCCGGCCAUGACUAAGUGCUGCAACCAGCUGGAUGUAUGUUACGACACGUGUGGUGCCAACAAAUACCGCUGCGAUGCCAAGUUCCGCUGGUGUUUGCAGUCCAUCUGCUCUGACCUUAAACGUAGCCUUGGCUUUGUUUCCAAGGUGGAAACCUGUGAAUCAAUAGCGGACACAGUCUUCAAAACAGUCAGGACUCUGGGCUGCCGCCCCUUCAUGAACAGCCAAAGAAGCGCCUGCAUUUGCAGUGAAGAAGAACGAGAUGAAUUGUGAGACCUUGCCGGGAUGACAACCCUCCGUGAGCAUUCCAGAUGUAACAAAGGAUGCGGACUCUGUAGGAUGACAGUGACGAUCAUACACCUCUGCAGCGAAUAUGUGCGCAAGCGACCUACAGCUUUUGCCAGGCAGCUACGAAUGCUUUAAGAUGGUGCUGACCUCUGCUCCCGGAAAAAGCGAUGCAGAACUGCCUAGUCAUCCUGGACCACUGGCAGGUCAAUAGAAUGGUGGCUUGCCAGAAUUCGCCUUGGGACCAAGAGGAGGAACAUCAACAAAAGCACAUAUUCGGCAUUGUUUCUGAAUUUGUCAUUAAUUUUAUUUCCAUUCAGUCAUUAGUCCACUUAGAGAGAAAGAACAGUUGCAUGGCCUAAUAGCAGGAAAGAAAGGAACCGAUGUUAUAUUGACCGUAAGAAAAGUUUAACACUAAGACAAUUGUAAAACUAACUUUUAUUAAA